AUGUGGGAUCAGGGAGGACAGCCUUGGCAGCAAUGGCCACUGAAUCAGCAGCAGUGGAUGGAAUCAUUUCAGCAUCAACAAGAUCCAAGUCAAAUAGAUUGGGCAGCAUUAGCCCAAGCUUGGAUCGCUCAGCGUGAAGCUACAGGUCAAGGAGUGGUGGAGCCGCAAGGCAUGAUUCCCAAUGGGCAGGAUCUACCACCUCCAGUUCCACAGAUGGAACCUGUUCCCAACAACCAUAAUUUUCCAAAUGAUCCAAAUUUUAAUCGAAUGUGGCAGCCAGAGUGGGGUGGAAUGCAUCAUCAACCACCUCCACACCAUCCUCCUCCAGAACAGCCAUGGAUACCUCCUGUCCCUGGACCUAUGGAUAUUGUCCCCCCAUCUGAAGAUAGUAAUAGUCAGGACAGUGGUGAUUUUUCCAAUGAUAAUAGACACAUGUUUAACCAGAACAAUCAUAACUUUGGCGGACCACCUGAAAACUUCCCCAUGGGGCCAGGGAAUCAAUAUGAUUACCAGCAUGGUUCCAGUGGAUAUGGGCCCCCUCAAGGUGGUUUUCAUCCACCAUACUGGCAGCAAGGCCCUCCUGGUCCUCCCGGUCCACCUGCUCCACCUCCAAAUAGAAGAGAAAGACCUUCCUUCAGAGAGAGGCAACGCUCACCUGUGCCAAUACCACCCAAACAAGAGCCCCUGCAAAUUGAUGCUGUCAAACGCAGAACUUUGCCUGCAUGGAUUCGAGAAGGAUUAGAGAAAAUGGAAAGAGAAAAAACAAAAGAAGUUGGAACGCGAGCGAAUGGAGCAGCAGCGUGCUCAAAUGAAGCAAGAACAGAAGAGUCAAGAUGCUGAGGAGGGUGAUGGUCCUCGUUUACCUUUGAAAAGCAAAUUUGACAGUGAUGAUGAAGAAGAGGAAGAUGAUGAGAAUGAAGAGGACAGAGUUAGUUCGAAAGUUAGCCGGAGUCCUUCCCCAGCUCCACAGGAAGAGAACAGUGAGUCAGAAUUAACUGAAGAGGAGAGGGCUUAUCAAAUGAUGAUUUUGACAAAAAUGCUGCUAACAGAAAUUCUUUUGGAUGUCACAAACGAAGAAAUUUUUAUAAUGUGGCAAAAGAGACCCAUCGUAAAGCAACCAAAGGUAGCCAUUUUGUUUAUAAUGCAUGGCUUUUUAUGUAUAAUUGGCUUGUGUUGAAGGAGAUUAUUCUCCCUGUAAAACCAUUAUUUCAUUUAGGCACAUUUCAUGUAACUAGAAGUUGGACAGAUUUACAUGUGUUGCCUAUAUUGUGUUUUAGUAGUUUUAGUACAUUACAUCUUCUUAAACCUGUGCAGAACCUUUUAUAA